GCUGCGGCUGGGGCGGGGAGCGGAGCGGCUGGCCGGGGGCGGAGCGGAGCGGAGCUUCCUCCGCCGCUUCCUGCCGCCGCCGCGCCCGCCCGCCGCCGCCCGCCGCUCCUAAGCAACAGAUGCGGGUGAAAGAUCCAUCCAGAACCAACCCUGAGAAGCCGAAGAGAAGCAAAAGGCCUAACAGGCCGCAGGAUGAGGACUCCUCAGAUGAUAUUUCAGGGUUAACGUGCCAGCACGUGAGCCAGGCAGUGGACGUGCACCAUGUGAAGAGAGCGGUGGCUCAGAGCGUGUGGUCAGUCUGUGCGGAGUGCCUGAAGGAGCGGCGCAUGAGCGAUGGCGAGCCCGUGGCGCCCUCAGACAUCUGGCUGUGUCUCAAAUGUGGCUUUCAGGGCUGUAGUAAGAAUUCAGAAGGCCAGCAUUCUCUGAAACACUUCCAAACCGCGCGCACAGAACCUCAUUGCAUCGUUAUCAACCUCAGCACGUGGAUCAUAUGGUGUUAUCAAUGUGAUGAAGAGCUGUCAACACAUUGCAACAAAAAGGUUCUGGCUCAGAUAGUUGACUUCCUUCAAAAACAUGGUGCCAGGGCUGAACCAAGUUCAUCAAAAAUCAUACGCCUUCGUGAAGAAAACAGUGAAACAAGUGAAAUACUGAAAGGAAAAAGCUCUGGUAAUGGUGCAUCAGUUCCAGUUAAAGGAAUAAAUAAUUUAGGAAAUACCUGCUUUUUUAAUGCUGUCAUGCAGAACUUGGCACAGACUCACGUACUGAAUGAACUGAUGUAUGAGAUAAAGGAGAAAGGAACAAAGUUAAAAAUCUGUCAUACUUCAGAUUCUCAACUGGAUCCUUUGGUGGUAAACCUGUCCAGCCCGGGACCUUUGACUUCAGCAAUGUUCUUGUUCCUUCACAGCAUGAGGGAGGCUGGAAAAGGUCCUCUGUCUCCCAAAGUGCUGUUCAGCCAGCUUUGUCAAAAGGCUCCUCGAUUUAAGGGGUUCCAGCAGCAAGACAGCCAGGAGCUUCUGCACUAUCUGUUGGAUGCAAUCAGGAUUGAAGAGACAAAACGUAUACAAACUGGUAUCUUAAAAGCAUUCAAUAACCCAACGACUAAGACAGCAGAUGAAGAAACUAGAAGAAAAGUCAAAGCAUAUGGAAGAGAGGGUGUGAAGAUGAACUUCAUAGAUAGGAUCUUUGUUGGUGAAUUGACUAGCACUGUCAUGUGUGAGGAAUGUGAAAAUAUUUCAACAGUAAAAGAACCUUUCAUUGAUCUUUCACUUCCUAUAAUAGAGGAGAGGGUUGCAAAACCUGUGCCCUUGGGAAGAACAGGUAAAAGUAAAAGUGUACAGGAGGCAGAUCUUGGUCAGUAUAAUUGUUCUCCUAUCGGUACACUGAAUAAUCAACCCAAAAUUGUCAAGAAACACUCUUUAACAAAAGAUAAGAAUCAAUUGAACCAUGAGAGACGGCUUGCCAGAAAAGCUUCCUCAAAGGAAGAAGAAAGAAGCCCUGUUAUCAUGCAGGAAAAAGCCAAAAAGCUUGAGCUGGAAGGUAGCUCUGGCGUCCUGUACUCCAAAGACCCCUCUGCGGAGGCAGCUGUCAAUGGAAGCCAGACGGAGGGCAGUGAGAAGGAAGCCAGCCGCUCCGAAAGCAGCUUUGAUGCAGACAGUGAAGCCUCAGAAAGCGAAAGUGCUUCUAAGCAAACAGCUCUGAGCCCACCCAGGAGCGUGUCUGGUGUGAACGUCAGCCACCCAAACCCUAAAACGCCGCACAGCAAGCCAAGCGACAGCAAGGAGGAGAUGAUUUCCAGUGCCAUAUCCAAGCUUAGCUUCUGUGAUUCUGUAAAUGAAGAUAAAAAAUCAAGCUGCGGAGAUCCAGCAUUAGGUUUAUCAAAUAAUUCCAUGUUCUCAGUAGGCAAAUCCUCACUAUCCCAAAACCCUCAAAAUGCUUUCCAGACACUUUCCCAAAGCUACAUAACUAGCUCAAAGGAAUGUUCUGUUCAGUCCUGCCUUUACCAGUUCACCUCUGUAGAGCUCUUAAUGGGGAACAACAAGCUUUUAUGUGAGAGCUGCACAGAAAGGAAACAGAAGUAUCAGAAGAAAACCAUCUCCACAGAAAAGAAAAUGGAAGGUGUCUACACAAAUGCUCGGAAACAAUUGCUGAUUUCUUCAGUUCCUGCUAUUCUUAUUCUCCACCUGAAAAGAUUCCACCAGGCUGGUUUGAGUCUACGGAAAGUAAACAGGCAUGUGGAUUUCCCAUUGAUUUUAGACUUAGCACCAUUUUGUGCUGCAUCUUGCAAGAACGUUAUGGAUGGUGCAAGAGUGCUGUACAGUCUUUAUGGAAUAGUGGAGCACAGUGGCUCAAUGAGAGGUGGUCAUUAUGCGGCGUAUGUGAAAGUCAGAACAUCCUCCAAGAAAUUGCUAGAGCAUAUUUCUACCACUAAAACUGUUCUGGGUUUAAAAGAAGCCAUGGGAGCAUCAGGAGGACAGUGGGUGUACGUUAGUGAUGCCCAUGUUCAGAUGGUUCCAGAAUCAAGAGUACUAAAUGCACAAGCAUAUCUACUUUUUUAUGAAAGAUUAUUACUAUAAUUCUUAACAGUUUUAUUUCAAAGAUGGUAGUGUUAUUUAGUUUAUCUUAUUUAAAGCUGCAGUGGUAAGAAUACCUGUAAAUAUUGUGCCUUUAUCUUGUAGAGAAUUUAUCAUAUUUUGACUCUGAAGUUCAGUUAAGCUAUUAUAAAUAUCUUAAUGAUUUUCUUAAAGUAUGCACUUUGCCAAACAUGUAAAAUUCCUGGGUUCAUUAAAAUGCAGUACCCUUAGAAUGUAAGAUGAUGUCCUGUCCUACUGAGGUCUAGGGAAAGUUUGUUUUUGAUUAUAAUAAAGAUAAGCUUUCGCCCAUAGUUCUAGAACAGUUGAGAAUAGAAAUACUGAUAGUGCUAAGUGCCUGGAUUUGCUGGUGUACAGUAACAAUACAAAGUGUUCAGCUUCUUUUCAUCCAGUCCAGACCCUUCCCAUUGCUGGGUUGGAUGUCAGCUGUUAAGAUUUCUGCAAAGAAGAGCCUAUCAAAUAGUGUUGCUUCCAUGUUUAGUAAUUGGAAAGCAGAGUCUUCCCAGAAUGGAGUAGGAGCAGCUGUGUCUGGAUAGUGCUUCAGUGCACUUUUCUUGAGAAGAGCUGGGAAUAAUUGGGAAAACAUGGCUUGGCUUCUAAAUAGUGACAGUGAAUCCUCAGAUACCCAGUACCCUUUCAGUUGUCUCCAACUGGCACCGGUAUAGCAAUGUACUCCUGUUUCAAUAUAAAUAUGUACUUGGUGUGCGUAAGUAUAUCCCCCAAGAUAUAUACACACACCAUAAAUCCAUCCAUAGAAAUGCUCAUUUUACCUUUUAGAAAAGAGAAAUGCAAAUAAUUUCUGUAUUUAAUAAUUUUUCAACUGCACAAUUAUGACAAUGUACAGCAUAUAAUCUUGUGUAUAUACAGAGCUUAAGCGUAAUUCAGUAAAUUCUGUUACUUUUGGUUCCAAACAUGAACUUGUUUAUCUAUUCCUGAAUACUUUUCUCACAGGAGUAAUAAACUAUAAAUUAUUUUUGCACUGUGUGUGUGAGUUGAACAGUAAAUGAUGACUUUUGCCCUCUGA